ACUUCAAAAUUUACAGCUUCUUAAAUACUUACUAAGCCGUGAAUUAAUUACUAACUGAGAGUUAUUUUGGUUAACUUACUUCAUUUUAUUGUUCUUGAAGAAGCAGAGAGCUAUUUCUUAAAAAUACCAUUGAACAAACAAACAAAAUUCCGUCGACACACGACAAACUUCAAACUUCAAACUACAAUUAAGAAUGUCCCCUAAACUUUUGUCUGCUUUUCCAAACCUGUCAAGAUCGACAUUGAAGUUUAGUCUUUUUUGUUUGUUAGGUUAGGUAGAUAAUCUUUGUUCUUAUCUUAUCUUUACCGAUAUUUACUCUAACGAAAACCCCAAUCUCGAAUAUUUUUUCCAUUCAUUUAUCAACUUGUAGAAAGUUACAUUUAUCCUAUUUAUAGCUGCAUAAUUUAUUUCCAGUAUCCAAUUUAAAAUUCCCAGCAAGCUUUUAAAUUACGGUUUUGAAACCUUAUUGGUUUCGAAAUAAAGACUUAAAAAUAUACAUUUUCGUUUUAACAACUUUUUUUUUGUCAAGUAUAAACAAAAAUAUUUACAUGAUAAUAGCUCAAGUGUUCAACAGUUUAUCUUUUGAACGUAUAUAGUAAAGAGCUGAACAGUUUCAUCACAAAAAAAAAUCUCUAAACAACGCAUAUGUAUGUAUACCAGUAUAUGAGUAUUACUUCAAUAUGAUUAAGAAUUAUUAAUCUCCUGAACUUUAAUAUAUACAUAUUCAAUUGCAGAUUUUUAUCCGAAAAAUCCUACAAACACACACAAGCAGCUAAAAGGCAACAUUUAAAAAAGUCGCACGUAUUCAAAGAAACUCGCCUUUUUACUAGCCUUUUCAGUUAUAAUGCAAGUACAGUUACAUUAAAUAAAAUAAAAAAUUAAAAAAAGAAAUGAACUGUGAAACACGAUAAAAAAGAUCAUCACUAGGAAACUUCCAGGAAACUCCCAAUGGGUAACUCAACACACUUCACUCUCCCAUUUAACCUCGCCACUGUCUUCUCCUUUCUUCUCCACUUUAAAAAACUUUCUCCAUCAAAAACAAAUCUUUUAUUUCCCGCAAUGAAAUUCGCCAAACUGAAUCCAAAACGUUUGUUCAGAUCCAAAGACCGUUCAACGGUCUCUAAAUCCACCGCUUCCUCUUUCUCCUCCGGCGCCGCGGACGAGUGUAAUAAUCACUCAUCCGCCGUCACCGGAGGCUCCGUCACUCCCACCAGCAUCCUCCCGGAGGUCUCGGCCGUUCAUUCUCCCUACUCGUACGUCGAGAUCCUCCAGGCGUUCAAGCUCAUCGACAGAGACAACGACGGAGCCGUCUCGAGGCACGACCUCGAGUCGCUCCUCACGCGCCUCGGGCCCGAUCCUCCGACGGAGGAGGAGAUCGACGUCAUGCUCAAGGAGGUGGACUGCGACGGAGACGGUACGGUUCGCCUGGAAGAGCUCGCCAGCCGCUGCGUCGAUGAUGAUCAGUCUCGCGGUGGCUCGGACGAGCUGAAGGAGACGUUCGAGUUCUUCGACGCGGAUCGCGACGGUAAGAUCUCUGCGGAGGAGCUUCUCCGAGUUUUCUCGGCUAUUGGAGACGAGCGGUGCACGUUAGAGGAGUGCGAGCGUAUGAUAGCGGCCGUUGACGAUGACGGUAACGGAUUCGUGUGUUUCACUGAGUUCUCGAGAAUGAUGGAUCUCCAGCGAUGAUCUCUCUUAAUUAAUUAGUUUAUUUUGCAUUUUUUUUCUUUUUGUUAAAUGAAGCUCUUUUUGCCCUAAUAUGAGGGUUAUGAGUAUCGUUUGUUAAGUUUGCCUGAGAUUCGAAGAGCCGAAUAAAACAUUAGUGAGAGUCACUAAACUGAUUUUUCCA